AACGAUAUUGUCAAUGUCACUUGUCAGCGCAAAUCGGAUUGGGCUGAGCUGCUCUGCUUCUGGACCGGCCUGACGGACCGCCGAUCGAAUCGGCGUCUACGUGCACAGGCGCAAACUGCUGUCAUAGCGGAGCUCGCGAUGCCUGAAGCCGAAGACGAGAACCGGGCAGGUGUUUUUCCAGCUGCUGUUCCGUUUUCCUUGCCUAGUUAGUGCAAGGACAGUUUGUCUGAGUUUUACUUGUGACGAAGUACCAUUCAUAUUUGUUGAGAAAGAAGGGGCUGCCUCGUGCGCUUUGUUGGAAGGUGAGAUUACAAGAUGGCGCCUCGUGUUGUCCCUCUGCCGUUCAUUCUGGUGCUGCUGAUGGUGGCAAGCAGCGGAUUUGUGUCCGUGACUAGCACGCCCAUCAUGGGAGCCUACUUCGCCAACUGGGCGCAGUAUCACACAGCGCCAUACACGUACACGCCGGAGAAUCUUGCACCGAUCGUCGGCUCGCUGGAUCAUCUCAUGUACGCCUUCGCCUACAUCGAUCCGAGUAGCUUCGCGGUGACCAAGGUCGAGCCGAAAGACCCGCAGUUUUACGGCGAGGUCAUGGCCUACAAGAAGACCAAUCCGAACAUGAAGGUGCUGCUGUCGGUGGGCGGCUGGAACAUGCCCUCGUCGAUUUUCAGCAAGAUGGUCAGCACCAAGACCAACCGCGCUGCGUUCAUCAGCAGCUGCGUGACGGCCAUUAAGACGACGGGCUUUGACGGCAUUGACAUUGACUGGGAGUACCCGUGCAGUCCACAGCGCACCGACCACAUCAAGUACAGCUGUGCGCAGUUCAAGAGCAGCACGGACGCUGGCGGUACCUGCCCCCAGGACACUCCGAACUUCUCAGCGCUGCUGCAGGAGAUGCGCGCCGCGUUCGGCAGUACCUACAUGAUCACCGUGGCCAGCCAGUCGGCGCACAAGAACUGGGACAAGUUUGACUUCAAGACCAUGGACAACUACAUCGACUACUGGCACGUCAUGACCUACGACUACACGGUGUCGGACAUUGCUAACUCGUCGGUAACGUCGCCCAACUGCCCGCUGUACUCACCGCCCGAGUCCAGCGUAGUCCAGUGGAGCCUUAACUACACUGUGCAAGGGUACCUAGCCGCAGGAGUUCCAGCCAGCAAGAUCAUCAUUGGAAUACCCCUAUAUGGACACACAUGGUUUGCGCCAGGUCUAACGGGUGAUGCCUGGAAAACGUAUGGUCUGAAGGGCGAAAUUCAGGGUCUGUGCUGUGGUCCGUUCAAGCAGACAUACGGUGCAAAGUACGGUAAAGGUUGUCAGCUGUGCGGCACAAUGAUGGUCAGCGAGAUUGAUGCAUCGGGACCGCAGACCUUCUACGACAAGAAAACCGAGACAAUGAUCGCUUACCUACCAGAGGACAGCUCUGACGGCUGGACCAAGGCAGGGACGUGGAUCACUUACAAUGAAGAGACAUCGGCGGCCGCCAUAACGAAAUAUGCAGUGGACAAUAAACUGGCCGGAGUGUUCGUGUUCGACACGUCAAUGGACACCAUGGACUUCGGCUCGGGCACGUUCACCUACAAGGUCAGCAAGACGGUUCGCAGCGUCCUGAACGGCGGUGGUCCCGGCCCGUCGCCCGGUAGCCAUGUCUGCACGCCAGCAGCGCAGUGCAACGUCUGCGCCGCCUGCUGCAAGACCUACCUGAAGACGCAGAGCGACUGCGAUGCGUGCGUGGCGCAGGCGUGCCCCAAGACGAACGUGUGCCAGCCGAGCGGCUCGUGUACCGUGUGCGCCGCCUGCUGCAAGAGCUACUUGAAAACGCAGAACGAUUGCGACGCCUGCGUCAAGUCUGAGUGCACCUAGCCUUGCAGCAUCCCGCGCUGUAAAACUAUAGUACUCGUACACAGUGCUUGCAGCCAGGUGUCACUGCGCUCCAGGCACCCAUAUACAUUCUUGCCAUAUUAGAACUACGCUCUGUGUGUGUGUGAGGGGGGGGGGGGGGUGGGGGCAGAGCACGCGUAGAACUUCUCUUUGCAAUGGCUGCCCCUGAUCUCUACGCUAUCAGUUCACACGCUUUUUUCACGUCUGAUUAUCUCACUGCAUUCAAUUGAUAGGUAGCUCUGCAUCUUUCUGCAUCGGUCAGUCUUUCGGCACUUCGAGCAUAUUUGAAGUGUGUGGUGCCUCAUUCGAAGUGCAGCGUGCAGCAGUUGUA